UUUGUCCCCUCCUCGGCUUCCGUAGAGGAAGUCGCGCGGACCUUCAUCUGGGGCUUCGGUGCCCCCCCUUCCCCUCCCCCGGGGUCCGGGGGUGACAUUGCACCGCGCCCCUCGUGGGGUCGCGUUGCCACCCCACGCGGACUUCCCAGCUGACGCGCUCCUCCCAUUCGCCUCUCUGGCUCAGGCCUCCACCCCGCCCCCAGCUGCCCAGCCAUGGGGGCUGCGGUGUUUUUCGGAUGCACUUUCGUCGCGUUCGGCCCGGCCUUCGCGCUUUUCCUGAUCACUGUGGCUGGGGACCCGCUUCGCGUUAUCAUCCUGGUCGCGGGGAAGGCAGAUGAGGGGUUAGCAUCGCUGAGUGAGGACGGAAGAUCACCCAUCUCCAUCCGCCAGAUGGCCUAUGUUUCUGGUCUCUCCUUCGGUAUCAUCAGUGGUGUCUUCUCUGUUAUCAAUAUUUUGGCCGAUGCACUUGGGCCAGGUGUGGUUGGCAUCCACGGAGACUCACCCUAUUACUUCCUAACUUCAGCCUUUCUGACAGCAGCCAUUAUCCUGCUCCAUACCUUUUGGGGAGUUGUGUUCUUUGAUGCCUGUGAGAGGAGACGGUACUGGGCUUUGGGCCUUGUGGUUGGGAGUCACCUACUGACAUCAGGACUGACGUUCCUGAACCCUUGGUAUGAGGCCAGCCUUCUACCCAUCUAUGCAGUCACUGUUUCCAUGGGGCUCUGGGCUUUCAUCACAGCUGGAGGGUCCCUCCGAAGUAUCCAGCGCAGCCUCUCGUGUAAGGACUGACUACCUGGACUGAUCGCCUGACAGAUCCCACCUGCCUGUUCACUGCCCAUGACUGAGCCCAGCCCCCACCCGGGUCCAUUGCCCACUCUCUGUUUCUUUCUCGUCGGUCUACCCCACCACCUUCAGGGUUUUGCUUUGUCCGUGUGUGGCCUCUAGUCUCUGAGCUUUACCAGGAGCAGCCUGGGUUCAGCCAGUCAGUGACUGGUGGGUUUGAAUCUGCACUUAUCCCCCCCCCACCUGGGGACCCCCUUGUUGUCCAGGACUCCCCAUGUGUCAGUGCUCUGCUCUCACCCUGCCCAAGACUCACCCCCCUUCCCCUCUGCAGGCCGACGGCAGGAGGACAGUCGGGUGAUGGUGUAUUCUGCCCUGCGCAUCCCACCCGAGGACUGAGGGAACCUGGGGGGGACCCCUGGGCCUGGGGUACCCUCCUGAUCUCCUCGCCCUGUAUUUCUUCAUCUCCAGUUCUGGACAGUGCAGGUUGCCAAGAAAAGGGACCUAGUUUAGCCAUUGCCCUGGAGAUGAAUUAAUGGAGGCUCAAGGGUAGACAAGCUCUGAGUGGUCCAGUUCCCCCUCCCCAGACUGGACAUCUUGGUCUUUUUCUCAGGUCUGAGGGGAACCAUUUUUGGUGUGAUAAAGACCCCAAACUGCCUUUUCUCUUUUGAGUGGGGGGCGGGAGGAGGUGUGGUGGAACUCUUCUAACCUCCUUGGGCUACAUUUUCUCUCCUCGAAUUGCUCCUUGUGGCUGGGCUCAUUUCUGACCCUUUCCCCUUGGUUCCAGGCCCUGGGGGAAAGGAAGGAAGUGCAUGUUUGGGAACUGGCAUUGCUGGAACUAAUGGUGUCACCCUCCUUGACCACCAGCAUCCCUCCUCUCCCCAAGGCGAAGCGGAGGGUGCUGUGGUGAGCUGGCCCACUCCAGAGCUGCAGUGCCCUGGAGGAACCAGACUGCCAGGACAUCGUAGGGAAGGAGGGCAGAUUUUUUGUAGUUUUUAAUUGGGCUGUGGGAGGGGUGGGGAGGUUUUCUAUAAACUGUAUCAUUUUCUGCUGAGGGUGGGGUAUUCCAUCCUUUUAAUCAAGGUGAUUGUGAUUUUGACUAAUAAAAAGGACUUUGUAA